AUGCCUACCAACACCUCAGCAGGAGCGAGUGAGGACCAGCGUGCCUCUCUGAUUUCCCGAGUCCUUCCUAGAAUGACUAUGUCGGAGGGAUCAAGUCCGCUCACUCGCCCCCUCGCUCCAGUGCCCUUUACAGAUGGUCGCUCACGAGCAGAAGCACGAUUUCAAGUUCAGGGCAAAGCCAUAGUCACCGGCGGAGCAGGAGGACUAGGCUUAGUCUCUGCACAGGCUCUCCUGGAACAUGGACUCUCCUCACUAUGUAUCAUGGACCUCCCCAGUACGUUGGAGACGUCAUCAGAACAAAUUCAAUCACUAGCAUCAAAGUUCCCCUCUGCCAAUAUAACCAAAAUUCCCCUGGACGUGACAUCAAUGGAGUCAAUCGAAGCCGCAUUUGAACAAGCAAACAAGACAAUGGAAGGUAUCGACAUCCUCUGCUGCUUCGCUGGGAUCCCCGGCUGCCAACCAUCCCUCUCAGUAACACCCGACCAAUUCAACAGAGUUAUAGACGUCAACCUAACUGGAUCCUUUUUCUGCGCCCAGGCAGCAGCAAAGCGCAUGGAAUCCUCAGGCAAAGGCGGGUGUGUUUUAUUCACUGCGUCGAUAUCUGCCCAUCUUACCAAUUUCCCGCAGCCGCAGGCGGCUUACAAUGCGAGCAAGGCUGGGGUCGCGCAUAUGACUCGCAGUCUGGCUGCUGAGUGGGCUGUUCAUGGGAUCAGAGUAAAUAGUAUUAGUCCCGGGUAUAUGGAUACUAUUCUUAAUGCUGGGGACAGUUUGGCGGAUGUUAGGAAGAUUUGGGAUUCUCGUUGUCCGAUGGGCCGGAUGGGAGAUCCUGAAGAGAUUACUGGGGCUGUAGUUCUUCUGUGUAGUUAUCGUGCAGGACGGUACAUCACUGGUGCUGAUAUUGCUGUUGAUGGGGGGACUUUGGCUCUGUGA